ACCGGCUUGGAAACACCCGUCAACACGACGCGUCCCUCACUCUCCCGCGAUGUUACUCAAUCGCUCGUCAUGGCUUUCGUUCGUCUUUUCUUCAUUACUUGUUCUGUCGACCGCUGCGUAUGAGGUAUCCGUGUCCGACAAGGACUAUGACCGACAAAUAUGUUCAGGAAUGUGGGCAAACCAGAAGACAUUCAUCAAUGUAACAUUCGAUAGCGGGUCUCAAGGCCAGCUGGCUAUGGUCAUCUACGAAUGGGGCGACAUGGCGUACCUCGGGAAGGUUACGUCCACUGCGAACGACCUGCCUAAGACCUACGUUUGCACGUCGGACGCCGUCAAAGGAGGCUUCUGCGACAACUCGCAGCUAGGCAGAUUCAUCCUUGACCUGCCGUCGGGCAAGUCAACAAAUGACACCAGCUUCUGGUCCGCAAGGGUCAGCUUCCCGCGCCAGGGCGAAUCAUCCUCCUUGCCUGCAUCGUCAGAUGCCUCGUCCAGUGGCUUCUGGAAUGACCCUGCAGGCAACCCGACACCUCCUGCGGACAACUACACUACUCCAUGGCGACGGGAUGUGACCAUGCUCGACAGACAGGCUGCGCUCAACCCGAGUCCUUCCGGAAUCUUGCUGUACCAGCAACCUAUCCAGUACAAUGUACGUAAGACAGGAUAUUACUGUGUCGCUAUCGUUCCUGUGACUGUUAUGCAAAACCCUGCCCGGCAAGCCACCAACGACGUUCCUUACCAUCCCACCUACACUGGCACCAUUUUCUUCCGCAACACCUUCGACGGCCGUCUGCCUGCCACGGACUAUCCGAAAGUGAACUUCUACUCCAUCAUGUUCCUCGUGUACACCGCAGUUGCCGUUGGAUGGGCAUGGCUCUGCUACAAGAAUUUGCAAGACCUGCUUCCGAUACAGUAUUACCUGUCUAGCCUACUGGGCUUCCUCAUCAUCGAGAUGGUGGCCAACUGGGCCUAUUAUCGCUAUCUCAACGCUCAUGGGAGAGGCACUCCGUCGACCGUGUUCCUCAUUGUCGUAGCAAUCCUGGAUGCGGGCCGCAACGCCCUGUCAUUCUUCCUCCUGCUCAUCGUCUCUCUCGGCCUCAGUGUGGUCAGAGAGUCUCUGGGCAAGACUAUGAUCAAGUGCCAAGCGCUUGCUGUCGCCCACUUCAUCUUUGGCGUGCUGUACGCCGUCGGUAUCGUAGAAUUAGAGCUGGAGUCAACUUCAGCUCUAGUGCUACUUCUCUUUGUCGUGCCACUGGCCUUCACGCUUAGCGGCUUCCUCUUGUGGAUUCUGUAUGCACUCAACGCCACAAUCGCCCAACUCGCCUCACGGAAACAACACUACAAGCUUUCCAUGUUCAAAUGGCUGCAUCGCAUCUUGUUGCUGACCGUCCUCGUCAUUGCCAUCUUCUUUGUCGUAUCUUCCCUCACGUUCUCUGGACGCCUCGCGGAAGAUUAUGGCGCAAGGUCUUGGAGGGUACAGUGGUGGCUGCUUGACGGAUGGCUGGCGCUGCUGUACUUGAUCGACUUCGUCGCAAUUGCCUAUCUAUGGAGGCCAUCGCCCAACAACAGAAGGCUAGCUAUGUUCGACGAGCUCGCACAAGACCCCGAAGAUGCCGAAGACUACGAUCUCGAGGCUCUCGAGAGGCGUGAUGGGCACAUGCAUCUCCCGGACAACGACGACGACGCAGCGACGCUCGUCGGGCGUGCCGGCAGCUCUAUGGCUGAGGAUGCUGUCGUAUUCGACAUCGGAGACGAUGAUGCAGACGAUGAUGAACCGAACGCGAAGAAGCGUCGGGGAGGCUUGGACCAUGAAGGAGAGGCCCAUGAGCGGGAGGGCCUAAUGAAGGACGAUUAGCU